UGUCCUACUCCCCCAGUUUCCGGAAGAUUCACAGUAAAGAAAAUGGCGUCCUGAUACGUAGUCUGGCUAAACCAAACCCGAAAAGAGAAAAACAACAAAAGUAGAAAACAGCAACGUCUGACAACGGAUUUAAACAGCUGGAUUUAGCCUGUUGCCCCCGGACCCCUCUCUGAACGGCCAUGGAAAACUCGGACAGUUCAGAGCAAGGUGGCAGCGAGCAGCCGGACGCCCAGCGCAGGAGGCAGUUGGACCGACUGGAUAGAGAGGAAGCCUUUUACCAAUUUGUGAACAACCUUAGCGAGGAGGACUACCGGCUUAUGAGAGACAACAAUCUUCUCGGCACUCCUGGUGAGAUAACUGAAGAGGAGCUGUUGAGUCGCCUUCAGCAAAUCAAAGAUGGGCCAGAACAGUCGAACCCCAGCGAAAUCAGGAGCGAAGAGGCUAGUGGACCAGAGGGCCAAGAGGAGGGUUCUAAUGGGGACUCCCUUCUGGAUUGGCUGAACACUGUGAGACGAACAGGCAACACAACUAGGAGUGGCCACCGAGGGAACCAGUCGUGGCGAGCGGUGAGCAGGACCAACCCCAGCAGCGGCGACUUCCGCUUCAGCCUGGAGAUCAAUGUCAACCGCAACAUUGCCGAGCAGCAGGCGAGGAGCGAGGAGGGGGAGCAGGCGGAAGGGGAGGGGGAAGGGGAGGAGCCGGUGAGUCUGGGGGCGGAACCAGAAAUUCCCAUGGAGACCUCGGAGGUGGUAGAGGAGCCAGUUGUGGAGGAGCUGGCCGUCAUAGUGGAACCCGAGCCGGAACUCUCCAGAUCUGAGACUGCGCCCGUGGACCAGCCCUUUAGCCAUCAGGUCCAAGCGGUGCCCGCCCCCAGGCCCAGGGGACUCCCUGUGACUCAGGCCUUUAGUUAUCGGGUGCAGGUCCCGCCCACUCCCGCGGCGGACGAUCCGACCGAGCCUCGCAGGCCCCCAGUGACCCAUUCCUUUAGCCUCCCGGUCCAGGCCCCGCCUCCCCCCAGGGUCGAGGACCCGCCUCCUAGAUCCCCCAUCACCCAGUCCUUUAGCCAUCAGGUCCCGGCGCCGCCUCCCCCCAGGCCCAGGGCCGAGGAGCCGCCGCCGCUGCCGCGCAGAGGCCAGAGGAGGGCCCGGAGCCGCAGCCCGGAGCAGCGCAGGACCAGGGCCCGCAGUGAGAGGAGCCGCUCCCCGCUGGCCCCGGACCCGGAGCCCCUCCCCGAGGCCGUGGUGGAGGGCAGCUCCAGGACUCGGCAGCACGUCCUGUCCCGCCAGAGCACCGCCGAGCACGACGCCCAGCCGGGCGGGGCGGGGGCGGCGACGACGGCGGCAGCGGCGGCGGCGGCGACUGACCCUCCCGCGGCCCCCCAGGAGGCGGAGCCCCAGGCCGGGGGAGGCGGCGCCGCCGGCCGACGCCCUCCCACCAUCAUGCUGGACCUGCAGGUGCGGCGGGUGCGGCCGGGGGAGUACCGGCAGAGGGACAGCAUCGCCAGCCGCACCCGCUCCCGCUCCCAGACCUCCAACAACACCUUCCUGUACGAGAGCGAGCGCGGCGGCUUCCGCCGGACCUUCUCCCGCUCGGAGCGGGCCGGCGUGCGCACCUACGUCAGCACCAUCCGCAUCCCCAUACGCCGCAUCUCGGACGCCGGGCUGAGCGAGGCCACCUCCAUGGCCCUGCAGUCCAUGAUCCGGCAGAUCAUGACGGGCUUCGGCGAGCUCAGCUACUUCAUGGACUCCGACUCGGACUCCUCCGACUCCACCCGGGGGCCCAACCCCCCGCCGGAGCAGGGGGAAGCACUUCACAGCCCCGAUGUGGCCGCCGCCGCCGCCGCCGCUGCUGCCGCCUCCGCCCCCGCCCCCGCCUCCUCCGCCGGCGUGGACGCCGCCGAGCCCCGGACAGAUGAGAGGGGCGCGGAGGGCGCGGCGCCCGCCGCCGGGGCCGGCAGGGAGGCCCGGGUGGGGCCCCGGGGCCCCAUCAGCCUGGAGGAGCCGGGCUCCCUGCCCUUCCUCCGGCUGGCGCACUUCUUCCUGCUCAACGACGACGAGGACGACCAGCCGCGGGGCCUCACCAAAGAACAGAUCGACAACCUCUCCACCCGCAACUUCGGCGAGAACGACGCCCUGAAGACCUGCAGCGUGUGCAUCACGGAGUACGCGCAGGGCAACAAGCUGCGCAAGCUGCCCUGCUCCCACGAGUACCACGUGCACUGCAUCGACCGCUGGCUCUCCGAGAACUCCACCUGCCCCAUCUGCCGCAGGGCCGUCCUGGUGCCCGCCAACCGCGAGAGCGUGGUCUAGCUGCCAGCCUCGGGCUAGGGGGGGGAGGCCGGCCUUACCCAGCUUCUCAUGCCUUUAGUUUUUUUUUUUUUUUUUCCCCUCUUGGUUUUGUCAUAGAGUCUCAUUCAAUACCUUGAGACGUUACCCAGUUGAUUUGCAUACUGUUUAAAAGCCAUCGAAAUUGGUUUUAUAAGGGCCAGUAGGAAGUGGCAGAAAGACUGGCUACAAAGGACCUGUAGGGGAACGAGCGUUUCCUCUAUGUUAGCGGAGGGCAUGAAACUGUCCGCAGUUCUGUGGAGAGAGGUGUGAAGCGUGCCCUUGAUGCUGGUGGGGAUGGGGCAGUGGGGUGGGAGACUAACGCCAACCCCCCAAACCCGGAUGAGAUAUUAACUACCCUCAUUGGUCGAUUGAUGACUUUUGGCAAACGUAAGUACGGCAUUAAAGGGCGAAGCAAACUCUUGUGCGUCUGGUGCUGUCAGACGCCAGAAGCCCGGCUGAAUUUUGACUGGCACCGGGGUGAGUGGGGGGUGGGGGGUGCGAUUAAGCCGAGGUAUGCGCGCCUCUUUCGAAAUGACGUCAUCGUAACCUCACCAGUGUUCGGAGUUGUAAUUAACUUAAGACUUGGGGUCAAAUGCAUUUGAGUGUGAAUGCAGUGAACUUUCUGAUGUAACUUAGAAUUAAGGCUUUGAAUUUGUCCACCUGUGAAGAUUCCUUUCCCCACAUUUUGACAUUGUAAUUUGAAUGGUGUCUUAACAGUAUCUUAAAUUGACAAUAAAGAACUAAUCAUAGUUUCAGUGACAACUAAAUGUAACUAUGCACAUUUUCAGUUUUAUUCGGUGCACAGACUCCCAUUACGAAGGUAAGUUCUUCAAUGAGCAAUACAUUACAGUGUAGGCAGUAGCUAGUUUUCCAGGCUGAAGAUGGAAAUCGCCCACUUCCAGAAAAAGGUGAACCUUUUUCACUUCACAUCACUCAAUACAAAUUCUCUUUGAGGCAGACUGAUGUUAUACUGGGGUACUGCCUGAUCUAAGCCGCUGUCAAUUCACUGGCCUACCUCUUCACUGUAUACUGUUGCUACUAGUUUUCUCAUCAGAAUUUUUAUUGUCAGAUAAUACUGCACCUUUUCUGUUUUGAAUAUUAGAAAAGUAACUGCAAAGUAAAUAUUGACGAUUAAGAGAACAUGAUGCACAUGUUUCUAGAUGAGAUAAGAACAUCGAGGUGUCUAUGGUAAACCAUGAAACAAUUAAUGGAUACACAAACCUCCAUUUUUUUGGUUGAUUGUUUGAAUUGUGCUUUUAAAAAAUGUGUUUGUACAAACACAGCAUUCUCAUUACCAUCACCUCAUGCCCCAUUACAGUUGCAGUACGUGUUCAUUCCUCAGAAGGGAAGUUGUGAUUUCAUAUAUUAUUUGUCCUUGAAUUUCUGUGUCUGAAUUUUCCCUGAGACGGAAUUGAAUCUGGUAUAACCUGAUUUGGUGAGGAAUAUAGCCGAAUGAGAAGUGUAAAAGCACGCACAAUGUGUUGCCGGGAGAUCAUGUGCACGUUAUCUGAAGGUGGUAAUGUGCAUUUGCUCCCAAGUCUGACUACCCAGGUUGCAUUUUUAAGUGCGUACAGGGAAAAGUAUUUUCUGCCUCUUAAAUGUGAGUGUGAUAGUUGGGGGAGGAAAUAAAUGCAAGGUUAUUAUAUACUUUUAUUUCUUCUAAAUCUUUGUACAGAUGGAGUAUCCACUCCCUUAAGCCCUGUUCCCUUUCAGACUUGUUUUCUAGAGGUUAUGUUUGUUCUAAAAGCACUGUUGUAUUACUCUGUGGAUUGAUGCAGUUAUUUAGGCAAAUUAAAUAAGAGGGUAUCUGAAAUUUCUUCACAUCUUCUCAAUAUUAUUUUGUGUACCUGUGUACAAAGGUCACAUUUCCUUCUCUGAAAGUAAAGAUCGAGUUUGUUGUUGA